GAGAGAGAGAGAGGGAGAGAGGGAGGGAGGGAGAGCUCAGCUGUGGUGUUUUUGUAGUGCAUGCCUUGCUGUUCUACUGUAGAAUGCAGUCUAUCUCCUCUCUAUUCAUCUUCUCAUCUCCUCCUCCUUCUUCUACUCCUCCUCCUUCUCCUCUCUGUCCAUCCCUCUCUCCCUGCACUCCUCCUCAGCCCUCUCGCUCGCCACACUUCUCUUCUCUUCCUCAUUCAUCAGUUCACCCUCUUCUCUCGCUCACCUGGCUCUGAGAAUGACACCUUUCAUCACCAGGACCCAGAGGAGCCAGCGUCCCUUCCCAUGGCUGCCCAGGGACCCCUCACGCUCUCGGGCUUCUCUCGCCAGGACCCGUCCCUUCUAGGCUGGCUCUCUGGUGCAGAUAGUUGUCAGGAAAAGCACAGCAGCUUCAACUCUUCACACUCAAAGUAUCCGCUGACUGAGAGAGAGCAGCUCACAGACCAAGCACACAUCUGAGACACGACAGAACCCCAAGAUGGAGCAGGAGAUCUCUAAAGUGCAUAGUAAGAUGUCGGACCUGGAGUCGGUCCUGCAGCAGAAGGACGUGGAGCUGAAGGCUUCAGAGACGCAGAGGAACAUCCUGGAGCAGGACCUGGCCACUUACAUCACAGAGUGCAGUAGUCUAAAGCGCAGUCUGGAGCAGGCCCGUAUGGAGGUCACCCAGGAGGAUGAUAAGGCCCUGCAGCUCCUCAACGACAUACGGGAACAAAGCAACAAGCUGCAGGAGAUCAAGGAGCAGGAGUAUCACGCUCAGUUGGAGGAGAUGCGCGUCUCCAUCCGGCAGCUGGAGGAGAACCUGUCUGCGGCGCGUCGCCGCAGCGACCUGUACGAGUCGGAGCUGAAGGAGUCGCGUCACAACAGCGAGGAGCUGAAGAGGAAGGCGGCUGAGUACCAGCAGAAGAUUCUGAAGGCGAAGGAGCAGGGGAAGGCCGAGGUGGAGGAACUCCUCUCCAAACUGCAGAAGGUCAACAAUGAGCAACAGACAAAGAUCCAGGAACUGGAGGACAGGCUUUCCAAGUCGGUGAGGUCAAGCACAGAUGCCUCUGAGCUCCUGCAGAGCGUGAGGCAGGCCAAGGAGCGUCUGGAGAGAGACCUGGAGCGACUGCACACCAAAGAGGACAACAGCGACAGCCUGCGCAGACGCCUGCGAGAGACCGAGGAUGGCCGGAAGACGCUGGAGAACCAGGUGAAGCGCCUGGAGAUCGUGGAGCGCAGGGAGAGCAAACUGAAGGAUGACAUCCACACCAAAUCACAACAGAUACAGCAGAUGGCCGACAAGAUCAUGGAUCUGGAGGAGGGUCUGCGCGAGGCCCAAUCCGCUGCCCACCGCAUGGAGACUCAGCUGGAGCAGAAGGAGAGACUCUUCGAGGACAAGAUCAAGGUCCUGGAGGUGCAGAUGAAGGCGGACAUGGCUGAUAAGGAGGCCUUGGAGUCCAAGCAGAGCGCCUACGAGGAGGAGGCCCGGGAGAGCAGCACCCUCAUCAGCGAACAGAAGGCGACCAUCAAUGCCAUGGACUCUAAAAUGAGCAGUCUGGAGCAGAGGAUCGCUGAGCUCUCAGAGGCUAACAAGUUAGCGGCUAACAGCAGCAUCUACACUCAGAAGAACAUGAAAGCCCAGGAGGAGAUGAUCUCGGAGCUGCGGCAGCAGAAGUUCUACCUGGAGUCCCAGGCCGGGAAGCUGGAGGCGCAGAACGCCAAGCUGGAGGAGCACCUGGAGAAGAUGAGCCAGCAGGAACAGAGUCACAAGAGCAGAGUACUCGAGCUGGAGACUAAACUCCGAGAGCUCGGUCUGGAGCACGAGGAACAGAAGCUGGAGAUCAAGCGCCAGGUGUCGGAGCUGACGCUGUCACUGCAGGAGCGAGAGUCCCAGAUCACCGGCCUGCAGGCGGCCAGGCACGCCAUCGACAUCCAGCUGCAUCAGGCCAAGACCGAGCUGGAGGACACCACCGCUGAGGCCGAGGAGGAGAUCACUGUACUUAGGGCCCAUCGCGAUGAGAUCCAGAGGAAGUUUGACGCACUGAGGGACAGCUGUGCGGUGAUCACAGACCUGGAGGAGCAGCUGACCCACCUGACCCAAGAGAAUGCCGAGCUGAACCGGCAGAACUUCUACCUGUCCAAGCAGCUGGACGAGGCUACGGACGAGAGAGAGGAGAGACUGCACCUGAGUCAGGACGUGGAUCGCCUCCGUCGCGAGGUGGCCGACCGAGAGAUGCACCUCAACAACCAGAAACAGAACAUCGAGACGCUUAAGACGACAUGCACCAUGCUGGAGGAGCAGGUUCUGGAGCUGGAGACCAUGAACGACGAGCUGCUGGUGAAGGAGCGACAGUGGGAGGCGUGGAGGUCCGCUCUGGACGAAGAGAAGAACCAGGCUGAGAGGAGAAGCAGGGAUCUGCAGAGACAGCUGGACAACGAGAAACAGAACAGGCUGCGAGCGGACCAGCGCAGCUCUGAGUCUCGGCAGGCUGUGGACCUGUCGGUGAAGGAGCACAAGGCUGAGAUCCUGGUGCUGCAGCAGGCGCUCCAGGACCAGAAGCUCAAGGCAGAGGGCUUCUCUGACACGCUAGGUGACCUGGAGAAGAAGCACUCCAUGCUGGAGAUGAACGCCCGCAGUCUGCAGCAGAAGCUGGAGUCAGAGAGGGAUCUUAAACAGAGGCUCAUGGAUGAGCAAGCCAAGCUUCAGCAGCAACUGGACCUGCAGAAGAACCACAUCUUCCGUCUGACGCAGGGUCUGCAGGACGCACUGGACCAGACGGACCUGCUGAAGACGGAGAGGACAGACCUGGAGUAUCAGCUAGAGAACAUCCAGGCCGUGUAUACCCAGGAGAAAGUGAAGUUGGAAGGGACCAUCACCCAGCAGACCAAACUCAUAGACUUCCUCCAGGCCAAGGUGGACCACCCCUCAAAGAAGAAAAAGGGCAUCUUUGGUGGGCGCCGCCGGGAGGACCUGCUGGCUGCGUUGGCAGCCCAGGGGCAAGGGCAGGGCCAGAUGACAGCGGUGCCCUCUGCGGCCCCCGUGCCCCUGCAGUACAGCGACCUGAAGAACGCUCUGGAUAAGGAGCGAGGGCGCUCCUCAGAUCUGGAGGACGCCCUACAGAAGACCCGCAUGGAGCUUAGAGACGCUCUCCAGUUUAAGGCCAUUGAUCACGGGGGCACCCCCGCCACCCCUGGUCUGGUCCGCCAGCAGCUCAUGAUGUCCACCAAGUCCAACAAGUCCCCCGAGCACCAGCCCAACCCAGUACCGCUGGUGCCCUCCAGCUCCGGCCGCCGCAAGGACAGCUCCAACACCGACGAGUACAGCCGGCGUGGGAAGGACCGGCUGCACCACAACACCUCCCACCGCUUCACCCAGGGACUCAACAUGCGCGCCGCCAAGUGCACCGUCUGCCUCGACACCGUCCACUUCGGAAGACAGGCCGCCACCUGCAUCGAGUGCCAUGCCCUGUGCCACCCCAAGUGCUCCCCGUACCUGCCUGCGUCCUGCGGGGUGCCCUCUGACUACAACAUCCACUACUCGGAGGCGCUGUGUCGGGACAAGAGCAGCUCCCAGGGCCUGCCCCUGAAGGACAGCAACGGGCACGUGCAUCUGGAGGCCUGGAUGAAGAUGCCCAGGAAUGGAAAGCGAGGCCAGGGCUGGGAAGGGAGAUAUGUGAUGCUGGAGGGGACUAAAGUGGUCCUCUACGAGGCAGAGCCCAGAGAAGACUCAGUCAAGCCCGUGGAUGAGUUUGAGCUGUGCAUCUCUGACGGAGAGGUGAUGGUGCACGGAGCGGUCGGGGCGUCAGAGCUCCCCAACACGGCCAAGUCAGACAUGCAGUUUGUGCUGAAGCUGGAGUCUCACCCGCACCCCCACACGACGUGCUGGCCGGGGCAGACGCUCUACUUCAUGGCCUCCAGCUUCCCGGAGAAGCAGCGCUGGGUGGCCGUCAUGGAGGCUCUCGUGGCCGGGGGACGCAGCUCGCGGGAGAAGGCCGAGUCCGACGCUAAACUGCUGGGGAACUCCCUGCUGAAGCUGGAGGGGGACGACAGGCUGGACAUCAACUGCACUCUGCCUCUGACCGAUCAGAUUGUCCUGGUGGGUUCUGAGGAGGGUCUAUACGCUCUGAACGUCAUCAAGAACUCCCUCACACACAUCCCAGGCUUGGGCAGCGUCUUCCAGAUCCAUAUCCUCAAAGAGCAGGACAAGCUCCUCAUGAUCGUUGGGGAUGAGAGGGCACUGUGCUUGCUGGAGAUAAAGAAGGUGAAGCUGUCUCUGUCUCAGUCUCACCUGCCCAGUCUGGCUGAUCUUGCUCCGUUCAUCUUUGAGACGGUGAAGGGAUGCCACCUCUUCUCCGCGGGCAGGAUUGACAAUGGGUCCUGCAUCUGUGCUGCAAUGCCUAACAAAGUGACCAUCCUACGCUACAAUGACAAUCUCAGCAAGUUCUGCAUCCGUAAGGAGAUUGAGACGCUGGAACCCUGUAGCUGUGUCCACUUCACCAGCUACAGCAUCAUCAUCGGCACAAACAAGUUCUACGAGAUCGAGAUGAAGCAGUAUGUGCUGGAGGAGUUCCUGGAUAAGAACGACCUGUCUCUGGCGUCUGCGGUGUACGCGGCCUCAGCCCACAGUUUCCCUAUAGCCAUCAUGCAGGUGUCCAGCACUCCCCAGAAGGAGGAGUACCUGCUCUGCUUCCACGAGUUUGGAGUGUUUGUGGACUCGUACGGCAGGAGGAGCCGUCCUGAUGACCUGAAGUGGAGCCGAGCGCCUCUGGCCUUUGCAUUCAGAGAGCCCUAUUUGUUUGUUACGUACUUCAACUCCUUGGAUGUGAUGGAGGUCCUGAGCCACUCUCCUCUGGGACCUUCGUCUUGUGCUCACCUGGACAUCCCAAACCCUCGCUACCUGGGCCCAGCCAUCUCGUCCGGUGCCAUCUACCUGGCCUCGUCUUACCAGAACAAGCUCCGGGUCAUCUGCUGCAAGGGCAGCCUGGUGCGGGAGUCUGGGGAACUGCACCGGACCGGGUCCAGCCGGAGCAGACUGGAACCAGGGGACAGCACUGACGUCGAGGCUCUCUUCUACGACCACAACAGCAGUCCCAACAAGCGCGGGCCGCCCACCUACACCGAGCACAUCUCCAAGCGCUUGGCCUCCGGGCCGGCCAGCCAGGACGGCGGAGGGCUGCACCGCGAGCCAAGCACCCCGCACCGAUACCGCGAGGGCCGCACCGAGUUCCGCCGCGACAAGUCGCCCGCGCGGCCGCUCGAACGCGAAAAGUCGCCCGGCAGGGUCCUGGACAGCCGCAGGGAGCGCUCGCCGGGCAGGUUCGACGACCGCGACCGCGACCGCAGCAGUUCCCGCCACCACAGCAGCUCCGUCCGCACCCAGCUCACACCUGUUAACAAGGUGUGGGACCAGUCUUCGGUCUGAGGACGCCAGCAGGAGGAGAGGGGGAAUAAAGCACUAAGAGCCAUGGAGAGCCAUACUUCUACUACCCCACACGGGGGCAAAUCCAUACACGUACCCCUACAGGGGGCAGAGCCUCCGCCCAGCCCAGCCGGUGCCAUGCGCAUUGCCGUCCCUUUGCUUCAGUGUUUCGGACGCUCUCUUGCACAGCGGACCGCCUUCCAUCUAGAGUGUCAUGACGACGCCUUGUGUGUUUGUUUUUUAAAUAUUAAACCCUUAGCGUACCGAUUUAUUUAAGAGUGAUUUAACAACACCCGAAGCCACAAGCGACAUGCAAAUCAAGUUUUGCCUAUACUCUUUCUAUGUGUGCCAUUACUCUUGAAUUAUUCUUCAGAUUGAAGUUUGCAUUCAGUACCCUGAAUGUUUUAAGUGUAGCAGAAGUUGUGCAUUGUAAACACACACGCAGGGUGUGUGUUCCGUAGGAAGGUCUCUGAGUCUGAGGGGGAAAGAUGGCAUGAAUUAACAAACCAAUCUCACUGAGCCCAAUGUUUAAGCACAUCGUAGGUUUACCAUUGCUUCUAUACUGUAAAUAGGAUCAUUUCUGUUUUUAUAGUUCAAGGGUAUAAGUGGCUGGUUGAGCCAAGACUAUUUUUAUGAACAACGUGUUUGUAAUGAGUGUUGAAACUAGAGUUUCCUACUUGAAAAGAUGAAAAUGAUGAAA